AUGCGAUCAGCUAUAGAGGAGUAUUAUGCAACAAAUUAUUCGAACUGUAAUUUAACAUACAAUUUACUUGCUUCUUGGCAAUCCAUCAGCUAUUCAUCUCGUGUUAUUCAACUUGUCGCAUUGCCAUUUCAAAUUCUCGCUUUCUACGUUAUUCUUUACAAAACCCCUAUUGCUAUGAAGAUCUCUAAAACUCCAUUGUUAAUCAAUCACUCUUCGUGUGUUAUAUUUGAUUUUGUGUUAUGCACUCUUUGUACACUAUAUGUAUUUUUCCCGAUGUAUGCGUUUUCCUUUAUUGGAGUACUUGCCUGGAUUGGAGUACCUACAUUAUUGCAAAUUAUUAUUAUUUUUGUGGCAAUGCUCUGUGCCACUUUAUCAUACAUUUAUCUUUUUGAAAGCCGUGCCAGUUCACUACUAAACAAUAGAUUCCGAAUAACCAAUAAUAGAUCAAGAAUCGUUUACAACUGCGUAAUAUUGUUCCCACUGAUACUCGUACUACCGUUUCUCUUUUUUGUUCGUCUGGACCAAGACACUGCGAAGCUAGACGCGCUGAAGAAUUAUUGCCCAACUCGCGAGUUUUUCACCACUUCGGUGUUCAUCGUUCUCACUGAUAAGACUCUGAUGAGUUAUAUUUUAAUUCCACUUAUACUGUUUGUGUUAAGCGUAGUCGGACAUUAUCUAUUCCAGAUGGGUUGCCUUGUGUAUUAUAUUUAUAUUGUUCCAUCGAGAAGCGUCUCCAGAGAAACACGAGAAAUGCAGAAAACAUUUUUGAUCAGCAUUUUGUUGCAAACUUCAGUGCCUUUUUUUGUGGUCAUUCCAGCAGUGACAGUGUUCUUUUUGUAUUCAUAUGGCUAUUAUUCCCAAAAAUUCAUGAACUCGGUCAUUUGCUGCAUUCAAAAUCAUGGUAUUGUUGAAAGUAUUAGUGUCAUAUGUGUUCAUAAACCAUAUCGAAACGAUAUUGCAAUAAAAAUAAAAAGCUUAAAGUGUCAAACAACAAGAAAUGUGAUCCCUGUCGAACGACCAGAAGGAAAUCUGACAAAGAGACAGUGGCAAUGGCGAUGA